ACCAUUGUUGCCAAUAAAACAAAAUUAUUACCUUAUAAUUAAUUGUUGAAGAGGUAAAAAGAAAAGAGGCUUUCACGUGCUCUCUUUAUUUUACUUGAUAAGAGAUACAACUGACACCGACAACAAUAUUUAUUGCAGGAUGACAUCGAUAUCUUCGAGUUGAUAAUAUUAAAAUUUUCCCUUAAAACAUGUUAUUAUCUUAAUCUAAUCUUAAUUAAUUGAAAAAUGGAAGUUAAUACGAUGACGACUUUUGUCACUGUUGGAACAACAAAGUUUGAUAAAUUAAUAGAAACUGUUUUAGAAGAUGAAGUUUUAAUGGAAUUGAGUAGAAGAGGAUAUCGUAGAUUAAUUUUACAAAUUGGUAAUACAAAUUUAACUCCAGAUUGUACUCCCAGAUGUGGUUUUGAGUAUAUUGAGACGUUCACGUUGAAACCGUCGAUCAAUGAAUACAUGAGAUUCGCCGAUUUAAUAAUUAGCCAUGCUGGUGCUGGGAGCUGUUUAGAAGCGUUGGGAGCAAAGAAACCACUUAUUGUAGUCACUAAUGAUUUACUCAUGGACAACCAUCAAUCAGAACUUGCUGAGCAAUUGAGCCAAGACAAAUAUUUGUAUCAAUGUACUUGUGCUACACUUUUGGAAGUCUGCAAAUCAAUGAAUUUAUUACAGCUGAAACGAUUUGUAGAUGAUAAAAGCCCAAAAAUUGCUGAGAUAAUUGAUUAUAUCAUGGGUUUUGAGUAACUAUUGUUUACUCAGCUUGAAACUAAUUUUAUGAUAAAUUUUUUUCUUUAUUUUCAACAUUAAUUACAUUAAGCGCAUUGUGGUUUAAUAACAUUAUAAAAAAACAUGAUGUUUUUUAUGAGUAAAUCGCGAUAUUAAAUAA